AUGUGCGCACCUAUCCAUGAUGUCAGCCACCACAGUAUUGAACUGACCUGGGGUCAGGAGGAGAGAGAGGCACGCGUGGGAUCGCCUGAGGAGUGGACAUGCUUCACCCUGGAGGAGGAGGACCCUAGGAAGCACAGCUAUGCUGCAGUCUAUGUUGGCUAUGGCACACAGCACACGGUGGAGGGUCUGCAGGCCAGCACGCUGUACCGGUUCAGAGUGAAGGCAACGCGUCCUUCAGGGGAGACCAUCUGUGGUCCUGUGCUUACCGCAUCCACAGCGCGUGAGCCAGUGAAUGGCAGGAACCUGCACCAGGCUGUACUGAUGAACGAUGAGGACGAGCUGAGCCGAGUGCUGCAGUCCAGGAUGGUGAAUGUGGAUGUUCCAGAUAGACUGGGCUUCACCCCACUCAUGGUAGCAGCAAUGAGAGGAUUUUUAAGUUUGGUGCACAUGCUGGUGCAGCACGGUGCUGAUGUCCACAUGACGAAUGGCAGUGGGAAGAACAGCCUGAUGCUGGCAUGUUUCUGUGGGCACCUGGAGGUGGUGCGCUACCUGCGUAAGUGUGGUGUGCCGUGGAGCGGCAUGGACAGGGCUGGCUGCACCGCGCUGCACUGGGCCACAGAUGGAGGCCAUCUGCCCGUCUUACAGCACCUCUUACAGGACGGCUGCAAGGUGGACGUGAGGGACAGUGUGUCCUACUGGACGCCCCUAAUGAGGGUGUCAGCUGUCAGUGGGGAUGCUGAGAUGGCAGCUCUUCUUAUCAGAGCUGGAGCAGACGUCAAUGUCAGAGACCGCGAUGGCAAGACUCCUCUAAUGGUAGCAGUGCUAAACAACCAUGAAGCGUUGGUCAAGCUAUUACUGGACAAUGGAGCUGAUAAGCAUGCUAAAAAUGGGUUUGAUUUAGGUGCCAUAGAAAUGGCGAAGUCUUUUGAGAGAAAGAACAUCUUCCAGACGCUCACAGGAAGGCCGUUUGAUUAG